CGCGUCACAUCCAACAUGGCGGCGCCCCGUGCGGUGGACGGAGCGGGUGAAAGCUGCGGCGACACCGGGCUGAUUCUGUCACCAGGGGACCCGAAGAGACCUCAGUUCGGGACUCGGUUCCUUACAGACCCGCGACAAGUCUUCCAGCACAACGCUUGGGACAAUGUGGAGUGGACUGAUGAGCAAGAAGAAGCUGCAAAGAAGAAAGUAUCAGAAAACAAUCAGCCACUGCCUGCAGACAAGCAAGAGGAAUACGACAGCCGGGCCAAUGAAUACUGGAAUGAGUUCUACACGAUACACGAGAAUCGUUUCUUCAAAGACCGACACUGGCUCUUCACCGAGUUCCCGGAGUUGGCCCCACAGUGCAGCCUAAACCCAGAAUCGAGUCCAAGUGCCUCGGGCGCAAACGGCUGCCAGCAGAACGGUCCUGAUCGARAACAAAGCGGGGAAUCUUUGUCUCCUGAGAGCGGCGACUUUCCUGGCUCCUCUGCCACGUAUCGCAUUUUAGAGGUUGGCUGCGGUGUAGGAAACACAGUUUUCCCCAUACUGAAGACCAAUAACGAUCCAGGACUCUUCAUUUACUGCUGCGAUUUCUCCGGCACCGCUGUUGAGUUAGUAAAGACUAAUCCGGAGUACGACUCCGAGCGCUGCUUUGCCUUUGUUCACGACUUGAGUGACRCCGAAGCCAAUUACCCCGUCCCUGAUGGGACUCUAGAUGUUAUCGUGUUAAUCUUUGUGCUCUCGGCACUGCAUCCGGACAAGAUGCGUUUGUCCAUCAGGAGAUUAGCACACCUGCUGAAACCAGGAGGGGUGAUGCUGCUCAGGGACUACGGGCGUUAUGAUAUGGCACAGCUGCGCUUCAAAAAGG